UAGCCGAGGAGUGACACGCCAUUCAAUUCCAGUCUGGCCCUGUGCAUGAAGGGAGCUGAGGCGUUGUGCGGCCACGUAGAGGGGAUUAUUAUAUUUGAGAGACACCGACUAGAUCUGCGCCGCGUGAAGCUAAAAGCAGACAGAAGCGCGUCGACAUGGGGAUCCGGAAAAAGACUAACAAGAAUCCGCCGGUGAUGAGCCACGAGUUUGUGAUCCAGAACCACGCAGACAUUGUUUCCUGCGUUGCUAUGGUUUUCCUUCUCGGGCUGAUGUUUGAGGUCACUUCAAAAUUUGCAGUGCUGUUCAUAACAGUCCAGUACAAUGUCACCAUAUCAACACAAGAAGGCCCAGAGGAAACUGCUGUGAGCCACUUUCACCAUGGCAUCAAAGACUUGGCCACAGUCUUCUUCUACAUGCUGGUGGCCAUCAUCAUGCAUGCCAUUCUCCAGGAAUAUGUGCUGGAUAAACUCAACAGAAAGAAGCACUUCUCCAAAACCAAACACAGCAAGUUCAAUGAGUCGGGCCAGCUCAGCGCAUUCUACCUGUUCUCCUUCGGCUGGGGCGCCAGUGUCCUGCUGUCCGAAAAUUUCCUGUACAACCCAGUCACCCUAUGGGAGGACUAUCCCCACACCCUGAUGCCAUUCCAAAUGAAAUUCUACUACAUUUGCCAGCUGGGCUACUGGUUACACGCUCUGCCUGAACUCUACUUCCAAAAAACAAAGAAGGAGGAUAUUCCUCGCCAGCUUGUGUAUAUCUCUCUGUAUCUCGCACACAUCGCGGGCGCCUACAUUCUGAAUUUGAACCGCCUGGGUCUGGUCCUGCUCGUCUUGCACUACUUUGUUGAGCUGGUCUUCCACGUUUCCCGUCUGGUUUACUUCAGCAACGAGAACAGACAGUCAGGUUUUACCAUAUGGGCUGUCUUGUUUGUCCUUGGACGGCUGCUCACACUGUCCCUGUCUGUCCUCACCAUUGGCUUUGGCCUCGCCACAGCCGAGAAUCAAGGCUUUGACUUGGCGGCAGGAAAUUUCAAUAUUCUUUUUGUUCGGAUCACAGUCCUGGCUGCCAUCUGCCUCACCCAGGCCUUCAUGAUGUGGAAAUUUAUCAACUUUCAGCUGCGCCGAUGGAGAGAGCACAACCAAGCUCAGACCUUGAAAAAGAAACCAGUUCCUGCCAAGAGCAAAUCAAAGAAAGACAAAGCCAAUGGAGUAAAUGGUGUGCACUCUCAUGGAGCUGAUUCACCGAGACAAAGGAAAGAAAAGUCAUCAUAGAUACCCUCCCAUGAGCCCCUGUCACCCUGUUCUUAAAGAACAUCUCUCAUGGGCCUCCAUGGCGGCGUCAGACUCCCGAUUCCCUCUAUUAUGCGCAUUCUUAGCUUUCACACUGAACUGACCUCCCAGCUGGAUUUUAAGGACCAGAAUGCAUUUAAUGUAGCUCCAUCACUUGUUGCCCAGCACACCUUGCUUUGAUAGUUAUUGAUCUGCUGUGCCACUUAAAUCGAGAGGAAACAUUCGUAAACAAAAAAAGAUCCUAUUUAAAAAGUGCCUAUUGAUGAAGAGUUUUAUACAUGGUGUUAUUUUAAAUUCCCAGGUAUGAUUAUUUCAGUGUUUAAUGUUUAUCCCAAGUCAGGUAAAGCCACGCUUGUUUCCUAUGCUUUAGUAGUGCAUAUUCUAGUUUGUGGUAUUUUUCUUUUCUUUUUUUUUCUCCUUGUAUUUAUAGCUCAGCUCUUUGUCUUUGACACCGCCGUCCCUCUUUGGAAGCAUUUUUGUGGACAUUGUUUAUUCUGUUUGACGAGGAGUUUCAAUACAGUCUUUGAGAUAUGACCACCACAGACUGCGCGAACCCAUAAUGUAAAAACAUUAGUAGUGUCUUAUCAUCUUGCUGACACCCUCCACCUUUACCCACCUCUGAUUGUGCCAAAUGAGCCUGACUGACUGUUGAUAUUUGCCUUUUACUUACACGCCAUAAUUAGAGGGUAGAAAUCUAUGGAGCGCACUCAAGUGUAUUAUUGUAAGAAUCACACACCUAGGUAAUGUUACACUUAGUUAAUAUCCCCGUUAACUAAGUUUAGUCACAUGGUAGCGACCAGUAGUCUAUCAGUGGUUUGUGAAUUUUCUCAACUUGUUCUGAGGGCUUGUUCUGUGAUGGAAUAAAGGUUUUCUGAUAAAAGA